AUGGGUGUUUCUUUGGAUAACAGAUAUGUUGUGCCUCACAAUCGUUUUCUCCUUGUGAAAUAUGGUGGUCAUAUUAAUGUCGAGUGGUGCAAUCAGUCCCGUUCAAUCAAGUAUUUGUUCAAAUAUGUACAUAGGGGUUAUGAUAGGGUGACGACAUCUUUUUUCCAGUCUGGUGCUGAAAAGAAUUUGGAUGAAGUAAGUUUGUAUUAUGAUUGUAGAUAUGUAUCUGCAUGUGAAGCUGCUUGGAGAACUUUUGGAUUUGAGAUUCAAUACAAGGAUCCUUCUAUUGAACGGUUGAGUUUUCAUCUCCCUAAUGAACAACAUGUCAUUUUUUAUGAAGUCGAUUCUUUGGGUAACGUCUUGAAUCGUAGGACGAUUCAUGAGAGUAAGUUCUUAGGUUGGAUGGAGGAAAAUAAGUUAUAUUCUGAAGGUAGAAAUUUGACAUAUGGUGAAUUUCCAACCAAGUUUGUGUGGAAGAAGGAUCAUUGGCAACCUAGAAAACAACGUUAUUCGGUUGGGAGGUUGUUUUAUGUUGCUCUCGGAUCUGGUGAUAUGUAUUACUUGAGAUGUUUGUUGAAUACCGUUAAGGGAGCUACAUGUUAUGAGGAUCUUAGAUUUGUUAAUGGUGUUCAGUAUCAUUCAUUUAGAGAUGCAUGCUUCGCUUUAGGAUUGUUGGAUGACAAUAAGGAGUAUAUUGAUGGAAUUGUUGAGGCUUCUUUUGGGUCGUCUGCCCAUUCACUGAGAUUGCUAUUUAGAAAAUUAAGGAAUCGACCAGAUUUGGUGCUGAGCGAUGAUGAAAUUCAAAAUAUUGUGUUGGCCGAUGUUGAGAAAUUAUUAAUGAACGUUGGUAAAAGUUUGCAUGACUACCAUGGAAUUGAUCUUGCUGAGCUUAUCAUAAGGUCGAAACUUAUCAUAUGGGAUGAAGCUCCGAUGAUUCAUAAGCAUUGCAUAGAAGCCGUUGAUAGUACUCUUAGAGAUAUUCUUCGUGUGUGUAGUGAGUCCAGUAUGCACAAACCACUUGGUGGAAAAACUAUAGUUUUUGGUGGUGAUUUUAGACAAAUUUUACAUGUUGUUCCUAAAGGGAGUCGACAGAAUGUUGUCAAUGCCACUAUUAACUCAUCAUAUCUCUGGAGUAGUUGUACAGUUUUGAGGUUGACCAAAAACAUGAGACUGUUGAGUGUCGAAAAACCAGAUGAAGCUUCUAAGUUGAAGGAAUUUUCAUCUUGGGUUGCUUCUAUAGGUGAUGGAGUUGUUGGUGGUCCGAAUGAUGGUGAAGUCGUUAUAGAUCUUCCUUCCGACAUUGUUUUGUCUAAUUCUGGAGAUCCUCUUAAAACCAUUGUUGAAAACAUAUACCCUUCCUAUAUGGAUCCAGAAGAGUUGAGCAAUUGUUUGCGUGAUCGUGCUAUACUUGCUUCCACGUUUGAUGUUGUUGAUGAGGUUAACCAAUUCAUGAUUUCGAUGGAUCAGUCUCAAAGGCGUGUAUAUUUGAGCUCUGAUAGCAUUUCAAAUUCAGAUUCCACUUCGAAUGGUUCUGCUGAGAUUCAUUCUGUUGAAUUUUUGAAUAAUUUGAAAUGUUUGGGUACCCCUAAUCAUGAAUUGAUGUUGAAAGUUGGAACUCCUGUGAUGUUGUUAAGAAACAUAGAUCAUUCUAAUGGCUUGUGUAAUGGCACUAGAUUGAUAAUUACCCAUUUAGGUGAUUAUGUUUUGGUGGCGCGUGUCUUGGGGGGUCAUAAUAUUGGUGAUAAGGUUCUGAUUCCGCGAAUGUCAUUGAUACCGUCUGAUCCAAGGCUACCUUUCAAAUUCUAA